CUCUCUCUCUCUCAUUCAUCUCGCCUUUCUUUCUUACCGGCCGGCCGGCCGGCGGCUGGGCUCUGCAAUUCACCCAACUUUUCUCUGUUUUCACUACGAUCUCAGGGCUCCGGCGACCGUGCGGCCUCAUCAUCAGCUACAACCUACCAGCUGCUACCGUCUCGGUCGCCGCCUAGCUCUCCGCAGCGGCUAGCUCAUCCGGCCGGCCGCCCCUUUUCUCUUGCCGUUGCGCAGUUGCGCCCCCUUCCCCGCGGCUUAGGAACCAUCGAAAAGACGCCUCACCAUCUCCUUUGUGUCCUUGCUAACUAACUCCCCCAUUAAAUCCUCUCCUUCCUCCCGCGCUGGCCGUGUGGUCUCUCAGCCCUCCGAGUUGAUCCAUAAGCUAGCGCCAUCAUCGAUCGCCAUAUAUACAUAGCCAAGGACGCACGCGCGCGCGCGCGCAAACCAGCGGGAGCGAACACCAACCGGCCGGACCAAUUAAGAAGCAGGCUAGCAAGUCGAAGAGGAAAGAAGAGAAGGGGGGUACCGGGGGUACCGGCCGGUCAUCGAUCGAGCUUGGCGAAGCAGCGACCGCCGGGUCGUCGUCGUCGGUACAUGCAUGCAGCGCGGCGGUGAUCAAGCAGGAGCGAGCCUGGGCAUGGAGAUGGGGGUGGGGUACGCCGGCGGCGGCGGCGGCGGCGAGUGCUCGUCGUCCUCGGCGGCUGCCGCGGCCGCGGCCGCGGCGGAGGGGGAGGAGCGGCAGCUGCUCAAGGGGGAGAUCGCGGUGCACCCGCUGUGCGAGCAGCUAGUGGCGGCGCACGUGGGGUGCCUGCGCGUGGCCACGCCCAUCGACCACCUCCCCCUCAUCGACGCCCAGCUCGCGCAGUCCAGCGGCCUCCUCCACUCCUACGCCGCCCACCACCGCCCCUUCCUCUCCCCGCACGACAAGCACGACCUCGACUCGUUCCUCGCGCAGUACCUGAUGCUGCUGUGCUCGUUCCGGGAGCAGCUGCAGCAGCACGUCCGGGUGCACGCCGUGGAGGCCGUCAUGGCGUGCCGCGAGAUCGAGCAGUCCCUGCAGGACCUAACCGGGGCGACACUUGAGGAAGGGACGGGGGCGACCAUGUCAGAGGACGAGGACGAGGCGCCGAUGCUGGAGGUGGGCCUGGAUAUGGGCUCCGACGGGCACGACAUGAUGGGCUUCGGCCCGCUCAUGCCCACCGACUCGGAGCGCUCGCUCAUGGAGAGGGUCAGGCAGGAGCUCAAGAUGGAGCUCAAGCAGGGUUUCAAGUCGAGAAUAGAGGAUGUGCGGGAGGAGAUCCUGAGGAAAAGGAGGGCCGGGAAGCUGCCUGGGGACACCACCAGCAUCCUCAAGCAAUGGUGGCAGGAGCACUCCAAGUGGCCAUACCCCACGGAAGACGAUAAGGCUAAGCUCGUCGAAGAGACCGGCCUGCAGCUGAAGCAAAUCAACAACUGGUUCAUCAACCAGAGGAAGAGGAACUGGCACAACAACUCCCAGACGUCAACCCUCAAAUCGAAGCGUAAAAGGUGAUGGAGGAGAGCUAGCUGCACCGUAUAUACCGUGUAUGUAACGCACACCUGCUGACACACAUGUACACAUGUAUACCAUACCAACACGCUAAUCAAACGGAGCUCUGCAUGGCGACUGUACUCACGGAAAUAAAGAGGACCAUAUCGACCGGUUCAACUGUAUAUCUAGCCAUUAGUCUGACCACUGGCAUAUUUGUUUGCUGCGGCUGAUACUUUGAGCUGAUGAUGUGUGGCUCACAGCAUACUUUAUUC